AAAAAAAUCACUGACCAAACUCCCGCACCCUCGAGCGAGAAACAGUCGCCCGACUCUCUGCCCUCGUUCGCCCGCCGCCGACCUUCGUCCCUUCGCUGCCACCCUCCAGAUCCCUUCGCCUCCGCCCGGCGCCGCCAGCCCCCGACCUCCUCCCCGGCUCCUGGCGCCGCCCGCCCCCCACAUCUCCUCCCCCGAUACGGUGGUCGCCCUGCCCCCACCUUCUCCCUCACUCCCGGCGCCGCCCGACCCCCAACCUCCCUGGAUCCCGGCCGCCCCGCCCCCACCUCCUCCCUCGCACCCGCCCGCCCAUGCCGCCUAUCCGCGCCCCUCCCACACACUCCUGACCUCCUCCCGGCAUGCCACCGCCCCUGCUCCUCCCUCCUCCAGGAGGACGCGCCGCCGCCCCGUUCUUCCUUCCUCCUGUCGGUGGGUCAGGUCCCUCAACGUCGCGGCGUCGGAGGCGUACGCAAGGCCGGUGCUGAUGCCGGGGUGCAACAAGGCCCCGAUGGCUGCGUGGAAACCUUCUCCCAAGCCGAUGUGGAAGGCGCCAGAGAAGCCUCCGGCCGCUGACCCGGCCAAAGAGGAUGAGUUGCAGGGCGCGAAGAAGGACGCGGGGGCCGCCACUGCUGUUGGCGACGACGGCGCUAGGAAGGGGAACUCGUCCCCAUUGCCUCCGCCGAGGAAGCUGCAAGAUGCGCCGGUGGUGAACCUCAACGCGUCCUGCUCCUCGGAGGCCUCUGUGGAGUCGCUCCGCGGCCAGGCCCCAGGCGGAAGGACCGAGAGGGGUUGGUCCCGGCCGACCGCGCCCAAGCGUGGGAAGGCUGCGUCUAAGGUGGUGGAGAAGCACGCCGAUGUCGCGGAGGUUGCCGCUCCGGUGACGCCGGAGGCCGUCCGAGGGAGGAGCCGGUGCGCCUGGGUGACUCCGACCACCGUUGGAGAUGCUGCUGCUAUUUGUUCAGAUUGGGGGAGGCUAGAGAGGCUUGCUUCAUGUUGUGUUUGCUACGUCAGAGAGCAGUGAGAACUGAGAUUUGGGUGGGGGUGGAGGUAGCAGGGAGAGGAUGUUUACUCGAUGGAAGAGUGCAGGGGCACGCCUCCGAGCUAGCCGAUGCCUACUGUAUCCAGUGUUCUGCUGCAUCCGGUGCCACCUCAAAGAACACCUUCUUCUAGCUGGGCAUUGAACGCCUCAGGGACGACGAGGUGCAGCAACUGGGGUGGAAGCAGUUCAACUACAUGAUGAAGAAUUGAGUGAAGGGGUUAAGACGGUUGCGUUGUGCAUGCGCUGCUUGCUUGCCGCAGCCGUAUGCGCACUGCUUGUGCUGGGCGCUGAUCUGGAGGCCCCUGAUCGGAAGGGACGCCACUGGAGUUGCUGCGGGAGAUGGUAGCGGUACACCCAGUGGCAAGGCACCAUAUGACAGACAAUUGUGGUCUGCAUUUUUUUAACCAAAAUACUGAACAUGUUCUGAUUUUACCAGAAUACUGAUGUGGACAUUCAAGCUGCAAUAGUGGAGCUGCAUGUGCUGCUAUAGAUUGGUCCUUGCAGCUUAUGAAGGCAUCAACUAUUGGCGGCACAAAAUUGUGGAGCUUAAGAUUCCCCACCCUUAUUUCUGAAGGAAAGCUAAAGUUCGGGGUGCUAAUCUCCGAGGAUUUUCUCAAUGGUGAACAUUUUUCUUUUGUUUCUCUUGUUCUAAUCUAUACCUCAAGAUGCAAUAGUUCUUAUUGUACUGCUUGGAUUGCUCUCUCAUUGUAAUCAAUACUGUUAAUUAAUAUAUAAUAAUCAUAUAUUUUUCA